UAUUCAUUUGGUGAAUUACGUGAUUUCCCAGCGAUUGUUCAAUCAAGUUAAAUAUCGUCAAUUGAUUUCUUGCUGUGUUUAUUGUCAUCCGUGAUAAGGUACUUAAACCGUGAUAGCUGUAGCUUGCACCACCUACAUUCAUCAGUUGCAACGAAAUAAGUCUAAAAACAUGCUAUGGCUGCCUCGGGAUCACGGGAAAACGAGGAGGACCUAAACGGAGACUCAGGGUCCGAAGCGAGCAGCAUCUUUCAGUCUGGAUCUGUUAUUUCAACUGUACCUGACAGGCAUGGCUUUUUGGGAGGAGCACAGUAUAGUCCUGAACCAAGACAGAUCGUGCCACCAGAGGUCAUACUUCGAAGGGAGCGAAAAUGGCUACGAAUGUUGGGAAAAUGGAACAAUUUUAUGUCAGUGAACUAUCGUAAGGUCAGAGAGAGAUGUCGAAAAGGAAUACCGCCAUCUGUAAGGCCUCGCGCAUGGCUCUACCUCUGCGGAGGAAAACUACUGAUGGAUGAAAACCCACAUUUAUAUGCAGAGCUGGUUGCCAGACCCGGAGAUCCAAAGUACAUCGAAGAUAUACGGAAGGAUCUUCACCGGCAGUUUCCUCAGCAUGAAAUGUUUGUUGAGAAUGCGCCUGGCCAACAAGAAUUGUUCCAAGUUCUUAAGGCCUACUCCAUUCUCAACAGCAAAGUCGGCUACUGUCAGGCUCAGGCACCCAUCGCAGCAUUCUUGCUCAUGCAUAUGCCAGCCGUGCAGGCUUUUUGGUGUCUCGUUGCCGUUUGCGAUAAGUAUUUAGUCGGUUACUACAGUCAAGGAAUGGAAACACUGCAGCGUGACGGAGACAUUUUGUUUGCACUUCUGAAGAGGGUGUCUCCAGUUGCUUACAAACAUUUGAAGAAACAGAAGAUGGAACCAAUUUUGUACAUGACUGAAUGGUUUCUUUGCGUUUAUACACGAACAUUACCUUGGGAGAGUAUUCUACGCGUUUGGGACAUGUUUCUUUGCGAAGGAGUAAAGAUUAUCUUCAAAGUUGGACUAGUUUUGCUCAAGGGUUGUCUGGGUCACUCAACUCUCACAAAACACUGUCCAACCAUGUACGAAACUCUUCAACAAUUGCGGAAUCCUCCUCACCAGCUCAUGGAGGAGGAGGUCCUCGUGAAUCAGAUUCAUAGACUGAAAUUGAGUGAAGAAGACUUUGAAUAUGAGCACCAGAGGCAAGUGGUCCGUAGAAAAUCGAAAGACCAAGCACCUCCGCAGACUACGAUGAAUGGAACUGACUGAUUAAAAAAAGAAAGAAAAAAAAAGGAAAUAACAGCUAUCAAGAAAAGUUCUUGAACAUAUUCACUGAAAUACGAUGUGCCUUUUCCAUAAGUAUAUCAUAUAGGUAUGCACAUAUAUGCAAUGCACAUAAUGUGAAGUGUAUGAGUAUAGACAAUAGAAAUAUUCAUAUUAUUAUUAUUAUUAUUAUUAUGUUAUUAAUUAUUAUAAUCUAUGUUGAAAAUGAAAACACGGUGUCUUAUGCACAUUCCCACAGUAGAUAAAUUUCAUACUUAGUACCUUUGUUCUAUUCACAUUGUUAUUACGAUUGUUGAUAAUACAAAACAAGCACAAUA